GUUAAAUCAGGAUUUUCAUAAAUCUAACAUUUUGAUCAGUGAUUAUUAAUGAGCAAAACAGAUUGUACUCUUCUCUUGUUAUUCAACAAAAAGCACAGCAUCGAAUUCAUCAUGGAUGAAUGUUCAUUCGUGUGUAAAUGGUUUUUUGACUCUUGCAGAAAUGUCUGCACGUAAUUGAAUCAUAGCUGAACAUUACAGCAAUGAUUAUGUGUUUAAAUGUAAUAAGUAAUUGUCGGUAGACAUUGACGUGUUAUAGUUAAAAGUGUGCGAUUAUGGCAAAUAGCAGUGACAUUGACAGCUGGAAGACGGGAGUCGAGUCUGACGAAUCCGGUCAAGGGAAUUAUACGAAUUUCCAGAAGAAGAUUACUCUCAUCGAUCACUGUGUGCACUCCGCUGGCACUCGGAAAGAUGCGAUUUUCACACGAGCGAAAAACUCGAGCUCUGAUUCCGAGAUCCGGUACAUCAAUCCUGCUAUCUACGCAGAAUCUGUCAGCGAAGAAAAAUUCAGUGUAGUGCAAAAAUCCGGAAAUGAACAACCAGACAAUUUUAAUGGUCAGAUAAUCGAUACCAAACGCAGCAACUGUCGAACUAUCAAUCUGCCUUCUGCGAAGGAUGCAACAGACAGUGAUCAGACAGCGAUCGAACAUUCCGUCAACACGGGACAGAAUACCUAUAGAUGUUACUCGACGUUUUUUCCGGAUUCUUUUGACUCAUCUACAGGCCGAUCCGCGGUCUCAUCAAGAACGAUCGCGCGGACAGAACGACGAUGUAAGAUCAGUAGCAUUGUGGCGGACGUUGAUCAAAAUGAAGCGAUGAAACAAGACAAUCAAGUCGAGAGUCGACAAGUCGUGCGAAUUUUCACAACAUCGCUCUCAGACAUUUCAAGUAUCGGUGAUCAGGAAUCGAACGAGUCCGAUCUAGACAGGAGAACCGCUCAUUCGGAGUGGAUCCGCAAGAAACACGAGGAUGCGCGGCGCAAAAAGAAAGCGGAGGAUCUCACGGCGAAGAAACUGCAGGAGGAAGAAGAGAGGAUAGCACGAGAAAAAGAGAAGAAAGCGCGGCUGGAAAAGGAGAAUUUCCUCAAGUGGGUGGAGAAGAAGAGGCAGCAGGAGCUCGACAGAAAAGCGACGCUCGAGAGUGAAUUGGAAUUGCAGGAGUAUCUGAAGGAAAUCGAGGAAAAGGCUGCCGUCGCAAAAGCCUUGUAUCUUCGUCAGUGGAUUCAUAAGAAAAAAGAGGAGCAAAAGACUCGGCAUAGGGACCAGGAGAUGAGACAGAAGAAAGUGAACGAGGAACGUGCAAGGAGACUGGAACAGAGCUCGAGAGCUUACGAGAAAUGGAGAGAGGAGUCUAAGAAUAGACCCAAGCCCGCUACGCAAGGACUGCUUCCUCAUCAGAAAGCAAAGCCAACGUAUGUAAAUCCGAUUCCUUGGCAAUCUAUAAUAGAGGUCGAUUCCGACGAAGAGCGAAGAAGUACAUUAGACGACAAAGGGAAUAUAUAUAUAAAUCGAAAGAUGAAUGGCAGAAAAUCUAUCGCGGUGCAUCAGUGAUUAAUUUGUGAAACGCACUUUGCACCAUUUCAUCUAAAAUAUGAUUCAAUUAGAACCGUAAUUUUAACAUGAUAAAUUAAAGGAUUUUUAUGAGACUCGAAGCUCGAGAGAGAGGAAAAAGCUAAUAAAAUCUUGUCUAUCACUUAACUGCAGUUUCAUUUGAGGCUCAACUGAUAAGAUAAAUUACAAAGUUGCGAGAGGUAAUAGCUUCGUGUAGAAUUUCCGUAAAAUGAAAGGAAAAUUGAAUAUUUAGUACACG